GCCGGGCACAGGAAGCGCUGGGAGGCCCGAGCCGUCCCAGGGUGCCCCGCGCGGCGUGGACUCGGGCCGCUGCCGCCAUCCCGCUGGCGAGAGGGAGAGAGAGGCCCGCCCGCUCGCCGGUCGGGCCAGUGUGGGCCAGUGCGUGAGGGCGCGGGGGGCCGUGUCAGCGAGACGCAGAGCGCAGCCGCCACCGCCAAACGGACAUGUUGGAGCCCAGCGCCGCCGCCGCCUCUUUUCCCUCAUCCUCCGCACGGGACUGAGAGGGGGCCCGCCAGCCCUCCGCCUCUGCCUCUGCCUCGGCCGCAGCCUCUUCCUGCCCGGCCUCGGGCUCCGCCGCGCGUCGCCUCCCCCCGCCCCUCAGGCCCGGCCGGUUCCCCGGCCCCGCUCCGCCGCGGCGCGAGGUCUAUGUGAGCGGCGGGCCCGGGGCAGCCGCCGCCGCAGCGCGAACAUGGACGCCGUCAACGCCUUCAACCAGGAGCUCUUUUCACUUAUGGAUAUGAAACCUCCUAUCUCUCGAGCCAAGAUGAUCCUCAUCACAAAAGCUGCUAUUAAAGCUAUUAAGCUUUAUAAGCAUGUCGUUCAAAUAGUAGAAAAGUUCAUCAAAAAGUGUAAACCUGAAUACAAGGUUCCAGGAUUAUAUGUAAUCGACUCAAUUGUGCGACAGUCUCGGCAUCAGUUUGGAACUGAUAAAGAUGUUUUUGGGCCAAGAUUCUCUAAAAACAUAACCGCUACAUUCCAAUAUUUAUAUCUUUGUCCAUCUGAAGAUAAGAGUAAAAUAGUCCGUGUGCUGAACCUUUGGCAAAAAAAUGGAGUAUUCAAGAUUGAAAUUAUUCAACCUCUUCUGGACAUGGCAGCAGGAACCAGUAAUGCCGCCCCAGUAGCAGAAAAUGUUACUAAUAAUGAAGGUUCACCUCCACCUCCAGUUAAGGUUUCUUCUGAACCCCCACAAGCCACUACAAACUCCGUACCAACUGUACCACAGUUGCCCAGCUCGGAUGCUUUUGCUGCUGUAGCCCAACUGUUUCAGACGACACAAGGUCAACAGCUUCAGCAGAUCCUUCAGACUUUUCAGCAGCCUCCAAAACCGCAGUCUCCUGCCAUUGACAAUGCUGUGAUGGCUCAGGUUCAGGCUCUCACAGCUCAGUUAAAGACAGCUCCUACACAACCACCUGAACAAAAAGCUGCUUUCCCCCCGCCUGAACAGAAAACCGCAUUUGACAAGAAGCUACUUGAUAGAUUUGAUUAUGAUGAUGAGCCAGAAGCUGUGGAAGAAUCAAAGAAAGAAGAUGCUGCUGCUGCCGCUGCCACCACAGCACCUGCUGCUGCUGUUGCUCCGCCUGCGCCCACUGCUGCCGUGCCCGCUGCUGCCACGCCUGCUGCUUCUCCUCCACAGGCACCCUUUGGGUUUCCUGGAGAUGGCAUGCAGCAGCCAGCAUAUACCCAGCAUCAAAAUAUGGAUCAGUUUCAACCUCGAAUGGUGGCAAUCCAGCAGGAUCCAGUGCACCAUCAGGUUCCGCUUCCUCCUAAUGGACAGAUGCCAGGAUUUGGCCUUCUUCCUACACCUCCAUUUCCUCCCAUGGCUCAGUCUGUGAUUCCUCCAACUCCCCCCGUGCAGCAGCCUUUCCAAGCUUCUUUUCAGGCACAGAGUGAACCACUUACACAGAAGGCACAUCAGGAAAUGGAAGUGGAACAACCUUGUAUUCAAGAGGUUAAGCGGCAUAUGUCUGAUAACAGAAAGUCAAGAUCUAGGUCAGCAUCCAGGUCACCAAAAAGGAGACGAUCUCGAUCUGGUUCUAGAUCUCGAAGGUCUCGUCAUCGACGUUCUCGAUCCCGGUCAAGAGAUCGACGUCGACAUUCUCCUAGAUCUCGUUCCCAGGAAAGACGAGAUCGAGAAAAAGAAAGAGAACGCCGACAAAAAGGCCUUCCUCAGAUCAAACCAGAAACUGCAAGUGUUUGUAGUACUACACUCUGGGUGGGACAACUGGACAAAAGGACUACUCAGCAGGACGUUGCCAGUCUCUUAGAAGAGUUUGGUCCAAUUGAAUCAAUUAAUAUGAUUCCUCCCAGAGGCUGUGCCUAUAUUGUUAUGGUUCAUAGGCAAGACGCUUAUCGUGCCCUGCAGAAACUGAGCCGAGGAAACUAUAAAGUGAACCAGAAAUCCAUAAAGAUUGCCUGGGCCUUAAACAAAGGAAUAAAGGCAGAUUAUAAGCAGUAUUGGGAUGUAGAACUUGGUGUUACUUAUAUUCCAUGGGACAAAGUUAAGCCUGAAGAACUGGAGAGUUUUUGUGAAGGAGGAAUGUUGGACAGUGAUACACUUAAUCCAGAUUGGAAAGGAAUUCCCAAGAAGCAUGAAAAUGAAGUUGCUCAAAAUGGAGGGGCAGAAACCUCACACACAGAACCCGUGUCGCCCAUACCUAAACCGUUACCUGUGCCUGUCCCUCCUAUCCCUGUUCCAGCGCCUAUAACAGUGCCACCUCCACAGGUCCCACCACACCAGCCAGGUCCUCCUGUCGUUGGUGCUCUCCAGCCACCUGCUUUCACACCUCCUUUGGGAAUUCCCCCUCCGGGCUUUGGUCCCGGUGUUCCUCCUCCGCCGCCGCCUCCACCAUUUUUGCGCCCAGGAUUCAACCCAAUGCAUUUACCACCAGGUUUUCUUCCUCCUGGACCCCCACCUCCUAUAACUCCACCAGUGUCCAUUCCUCCUCCUCACACUCCACCAAUAAGCAUCCCAAACUCUACUAUCGCUGGUAUAAAUGAAGACACUACAAAAGACUUAUCUAUUGGAAAUCCCAUUCCAACAGUGGUGUCUGGGGCUAGAGGAAAUGCCGAGUCUGGUGACAGUGUGAAAAUGUAUGGCUCUGCUGUGCCACCUGCUGCACCCACGAAUCUGCCCACCCCUCCUGUAACCCAGCCUGUUUCACUUCUUGGUACUCAAGGAGUUGCACCUGGUCCUGUAAUUGGGCUCCAGGCACCAUCCACUGGUCUUCUUGGUGCCCGCCCUGGCCUGAUCCCACUCCAGCGCCCACCAGGAAUGCCUCCGCCUCAUUUACAGAGAUUUCCUUUGAUGCCACCUCGUCCCAUGCCACCACAUAUGAUGCAUAGAGGUCCACCACCAGGACCAGGGGGCUUUGGAAUGCCUCCACCUCAUGGAAUGAAAGGUCCCUUUCCACCACAUGGCCCCUUUGUUAGGCCUGGUGGAAUGCCAGGGCUUGGGGGCCCAGGGCCAGGCCCAGGGGGUCCUGAAGACAGAGAUGGAAGGCAGCAGCAGCCACAGCAGCAGCAGCAGCAGCCGCAGCAGCAGCCACCACCACAGCCACAACCGCAGCAGCCGCCACCAGCUCAGCAACCACCACCAACUCAACAGCAACCACAACCAUUUAGAAAUGAUAACAGGCAGCAGUUCAAUUCAGGUAGAGACCAAGAAAGGUUUGGAAGAAGAUCUUUCGGAAAUAGGGUGGAAAAUGACCGGGAACGGUAUGGGAACCGUAAUGAGGAUAGAGAUAAUAGUAAUCGUGAAAGGAGAGAGUGGGGAAGAAGGAGCCCUGACCGGGACAGGCACAGAGACUUGGAAGAGAGAAAUAGACGCUCUAGUGGGCAUCGAGACAGAGAGAGAGAUUCUAGAGAUAGAGAGUCUCGUAGAGAGAAGGAAGAAAACCGAGGAAAGGAAAAGCCUGAGGUGACAGACAGGGCAGGUGGUAACAAAACCGCUGAACCUCCCGUUAGCCAAGUGGGAAACGUAGACACUGUUUCAGAACUUGAUAAGGGGGAGUCUGAGUCUGCAGUUGUAAAACCUUCUGAAGAGUUACCUGCUGAGGCUACCUCAUCCGUUGAACCCGAGAAGGAUUCUGGCUCAGCAGCAGAGGCUCCUCGUUAGAGACUGGAAUUUGUCAAAAUGUGACAGUGACACUUCCUGGAGUGUAGAGCUUGAGGUGUACAGAUGCUGUAUUAUAUUUGCUCCUGCUAUAUCACAGCCCCACAGUAGUUGGUGGGGAAUUGUAAGCAAUUUGAUUGCUUCCCUUCUAUUUAAAAAUAGCCACAAAAUAACAAAAAAUACUGAAAAUAUGAAUAAAUAUUACCCUUUUUGCUGUAACUUUUUAAAAGUUUUGACUUUAAAAAGUUUACAAAUCGUAAUUAGAAGUGCUAUUUUUUUUUUUUUUUAAUUUAAGACAAGGUAACGGUGAAAGCUCCUCAAAAACAAUAGGGAUGUUUUUAAUAAACUCUAUUUUCGUAACAAA